GGGUCUUGGCUGCCAGGCAGGGCAGAGAGAUGGGGCGGGGCCAGUAGGGAUGGUGUAAACAAAGCCGAGGACUGCAAUUCUGGUAAGACACAGAAAGGCAUGGGCCACAGGAACAGGGUGGAACUUAGCAGAGGGGCUGUUGGAAUUGUCAGCACCACAUGCUGAUCCAGGGCACCAGGCCCUGCUCAGACCCUCACCAUGGUUGCCACGGCAAACUCCCUGGUGACCGCCAUCUGCACAGAUCUUCAGCUCUGGACACUGCUGCUGCUGGCUGCUGUGACUUCCUUAUUUUUGGCUGAUUUCCUCAAAAACCGGCGACCCAAAAACUAUCCUCCAGGACCCUGGCGCCUGCCUUUUGUGGGAAACUUGUUGCAGUUGGAUUUAGACAAGUCACAUCUGGUGAUGCAGCAGUUUGUGAAGAAGUAUGGAAACAUAAUUAGCAUGGAUAUUGGUAACAUCCAUUCAGUGAUCAUCACUGGACUGCCCUUAAUCAAAGAAGUUUUCACUCACAUGGAACAAAAAUUUUUGAAACGCCCCAUUACACCCAUCAGAGAACGUGUCUUCAACAACAAUGGACUGAUCAUGUCCAAUGGCCAGACAUGGAGGGAGCAAAGAAGGUUCGCCCUGAUGACGCUGAGGAACUUUGGGUUGGGGAAGAAGAGCUUAGAGCAGUGCAUACGGGAGGAAGCCCAGCACCUUGUGGAGGCCAUCGCAGAGGAGGGAGGUCAGCCUUUUGACCCUCAAUUCAAUAUCAACAGUGCAGUUUCAAAUGUCAUUUGCUCCCUCACCUUUGGGGAGCGCUUUGCGUAUGAGGAUGAGCAGUUUCAGGAACUGCUGAGGUUAUUAGAUGAGGCCACAUGUUUGGAGGCAUCAAUGAUAUGCCAGCUCUACAAUGUCUUUCCAUCCAUAUUCAAAUAUCUUCCUGGACCACAUCAAAGAGUUUUCAGAAACUGGGGAAGACUGAGAUUGUUUGUUUCCCAUAUGAUGGACAGUCACAGGAAAGAUUGGAACCCUAUUGAGCCAAGAGACUUCAUUGAUGCUUUCCUUACAGAAAUGACAAAGUACCCAGACAAAACUACAAGUUUCAAUGAAGAAAACCUCAUCUGUAGCACUCUGGACCUCUUCUUUGCUGGCACAGAGACAACAUCUCACACACUGCGCUGGGCUCUGCUCUACAUGGCCCUCUACCCAGAAGUGCAAGAGAAAGUACAGGCUGAGAUUGAUGAAGUGAUUGGCCAGAAGAGACAGCCAAGCACAGACGACCGAGAGUCCAUGCCCUAUUCCAAUGCUGUCAUCCACGAGGUGCAGAGGAUGGGCAAUAUUGUCCCUUUGAAUGUUCCCAGGGAAGUAACAACUGAUAUCACAUUGGCUGGGUUCCACCUGCCGAAGGGUACCAUGAUCCUGACCAAUUUGACUGCUCUGCACAGGGACCCCAAAGUGUGGGCCACCCCAGACACUUUCAAUCCCAAGCACUUUUUGGAGAAUGGACAGUUUAAGAAGAGAGAAUCUUUCCUGCCGUUCUCAAUGGGAAAGAGAGCUUGCCUGGGAGAACAACUGGCCAGGUCUGAGCUGUUCAUUUUCUUCACUGCUCUUAUGCAACAAUUUACCUUCAAGCCCCCAAUCAAUGAGAAGCUGAGCACGAAGUUCAGGAUGGGCCUCACGCUCUCCCCAGUAAGCCACCGCAUCUGUGCGGUCCCUAGACAGCGAUGCUGGAGAAGGAACGAGAAAGAAGAGAAGGAAGGGCAUGCGCUGUAAGAAGCACCGAUGCCCACACACAGGAGGAGA